AUGUACUCACCGGUCCUGUGCUGCAGCGUGGCGGUGGCGCGCAGCAGCGCGCGCAGGGCGGGCGGGGGCAGGCGCGCGCGGGGCAGGAGGAGCGCGAGCGCGCGCGCGGCGCCCAGCAGGCCGGCGGCGGCGGCGGGGGAGGGGGGCGAUGGUGUUAGAUGUACUCACCGGUCCUGUGCUGCAGCGUGGCGGUGGCGCGCAGCAGCGCGCGCAGGGCGGGCGGGGGCAGGCGCGCGCGGGGCAGGAGGAGCGCGAGCGCGCGCGCGGCGCCCAGCAGGCCGGCGGCGGCGGCGGGGGAGGGGGGCGAUGGUGUUAGAUGUACUCACCGGUCCUGUGCUGCAGCGUGGCGGUGGCGCGCAGCAGCGCGCGCAGGGCGGGCGGGGGCAGGCGCGCGCGGGGCAGGAGGAGCGCGAGCGCGCGCGCGGCGCCCAGCAGGCCGGCGGCGGCGGCGGGGGAGGGGGGCGAUGGUGUUAG